UAGGAACUGGACCCUGAUAUAUAGUAGGUCCCGCAACGUGGGGCAGAUCCUGCGGGUUUCUUGCGGUUCUCACAGAUUGCAGAUUUGUCAAAGGAUGGCUCGAUCAGUUUGUUGGUCAACGACUCGAGGGCGGAGCCGUGAUCGAACCUGCAACACGUCACGAAAGCACUCGGAUACGAUCUGUUGAUGACGGAUGAUCUCGCUAUCGAGAAUUAUCUCCCAUACCAUGCAGAAACUAUGAAGGUGAUGGGUGGAACUUUACCGGGCGGAAGGCCCUCGUCGUCCCCAUGUCCAAUUGGCCGAGCGAGUGGCUGACGAAGAGCCACCCACCUACCAUAACAAACCGUACUUACAACUAGUCAAAGUGAUGCGUGGCGCUGGCCUAGAGUGGUUGCAAGAGCAUCCAGAAGAUAGCUAACGGCGAUAACUAGCGGUACUGUCGACCAAUCUGAUAAGAUAUUAAUAUCGGCUCCGAAUUAGUAUCCCGAACAAACUUGUUCUCAACGUUAUUCCAAUACGUUACUCAGACCACAACCUGAAGCGUAUGAGAUGUCGCCGGGGUCCUCGAAUGCAGUCUCGAUACCACCGACCCACGACUACACCGAGGGAGCGUCCGCGAUAGACAUCGACGUAGCCGUGGCCAACAACCGCAGGUCCCGUCGCGAGUCUCAAUACAGCGCGUUCCACGACGAAGACGGGGAUGGAUCUAUGUUCAGGUACUCUUUGGCUGUCCGCUUCAUAUUCGCUAGCUUUAAUCAUAUAUUGUUCUUCCAAGCGGCCCAGGUCAUGCCGUGAAUCCGAGUAGCGUAUCUCGGAUGUCGCACGUCGCUCCGGGACGCAGGAGCACAAGUUGGUCUCGCACACGACGGAGGAGUAUGGAUUCGACUUCAAGGAAGAUGGGUCGCAGGUCAAGCAUCGACAGUCGCGUGUCGGGAGACGAUAACGGUUCGGACGUUGAACGGGAAGAAGGCAACGAAGAUUCGUCAUCUCAUCAAGACCACGCCAAACGGGCCCAAAUUCAUCCUACCAGUCGACCCAGCGUUCUGGGCAAUCUUGCCGGUCUUUUCUCGCGUGCGACACCGACGGAUCCUUCGUCACCACGGCAUAGACCAUCGUUGGGCUCUCUUGGCCGACAAUCAAACUCGAGACGCAGCCGACACUCAGAUGCGGGUUCUGAGCAUGCUUUAGAUACAGACGACGAGGAUGUCGAGGAGCGAUGGGGAUACUCCUCUGGAGAGGAAGGCUUCUCGUCAGACGAAUCUGGGUCCGGGCGGUCUAUGCGGACGACCAUAUCGGUCCCUGAGAGCAUGGACUAUCUAGACUCUGCGCCGCCGUCUCCAAACCUCUCGCAGGGCUUGCCGCUGCUCGCUUCGGACCAGAUUUUUGGUGGCGAGGCGCGCAUUGAUAUGGAUAUGGCGUUUGCGCUUCUGGACGAGCCGCCGCCUGGUCCGCCCAGCCGGCAGACGAUAUACAUCGCUGACGAGGACAACACAAUACGUGUCAUUGGCUACGAGACGAUUCAGUGGCGGCAAUGGCUCUGGCGCUCGAGCACGGUCUUGACUCUCGGUGCGCUUGGACUAUUGGGACAUUGGUUCCCCCAGCUAUGGCUGAGAUGGGUUGCUCGAGAAAAGGCGUUCACGGAGGCAAAAGAUGGGUUUGUCGUCAUUGAGUCUGCGCACCGGGACAUCACGAUGUAUCCUCUCCAAAUUCUCGACUAUCCGUACUCUGCCUCCACUGUCUUCUCUGAGCCCACUUCACCAGGACAAUCAGAUCGACUAUCUUCUCUGGCAGUAAUUGACUAUCGAUAUUCGCGGUUCGCGCUAGAUCCCAGGACCGGUCUCUUUGCGAUGAUACGGGACUGGAGGGACUCCUCGUGGACCGGGACUUCGCUUGUCCAGAGCGGGAUCGACACACCUGCCCGACAACAGCGACUGACUCUGUUCGGGAAGAACGAGAUAGAUAUUCAGGCGAAAUCGACAAUAUCUCUGUUGGUGGAUGAGAUCAUACACCCGUUCUAUGUUUUUCAGAUCGCGAGCAUCGUCCUCUGGUCGAUGGACAACUACUAUUACUAUGCGUUCUGCAUCUUCCUCAUCUCGAUCAUCAGCAUCACUACGACCUUGCUGGACACAAAAAAGACGAUUUCGCGAAUGAGCGAGAUGUCACGAUUCUCCUGCGAUGUAGACGUCCGGGUGGACGGCCUCUGGACCACCCGGGACUCGAGCGAGUUGGUACCCGGAGACGUCAUCAACCUGUCGAGUUCACAGAUGUCUCUCAUUCCAGCGGAUCUGUUCCUUCUUUCCGGGGAUGCAAUUGUCAAUGAGAGUAUGCUGACUGGGGAGAGUGUUCCAGUCAGCAAGGUGCCCGUCAAAGACGAGGACCUGCUCCGGUGGCUGGACGUCAAGGAAGAAACGGCCAAAAGCUUCUUGUACGCUGGCACUAGGGUUGUCAGGAUCCGGGGUACGUUUUCUGCCGAUGGCAGUUUGUCUCAAUCGGCCUUGGGACUGGUUGCUAGAACGGGGUUUUCUACCACCAAGGGUGCGCUCAUCCGAAGCAUGCUCUAUCCAAAGCCUAUCGGGUUCAAAUUCUAUCGGGACUCGGUUCGGUUUAUUUUGGCUCUCACUUGCAUUGCCGGUAUCGGGUUCUGUUUCAGUGCUGUGCAAUUUGUCCACUUGGGGAUUGGAUGGCUCACUAUCCUAUUCCGGGCCCUGGAUCUCGUGACGACCGUGGUUCCACCCGCGCUUCCGGCAACCCUAUCCAUCGGCACAAGCUUUGCCAUCGGCCGAUUACGCAAGCUGGGCAUCUUUUGCAUAUCACCUAGCCGGGUGAACGUCGGUGGCAAGGUCAAUGUAUGUUGUUUCGACAAGACAGGCACUUUGACUGAGGACGGUCUCGACAUCCUCGGUGCCCGGGCGUUGGACCGCAGCGGGCAGCAGUUUGGAGAGCUGCUUGAAGAUGUCCAUGACCUGCCGCUCGGAAAAGACCGGGCGACGUUCCUCCACGCCAUGGCAACAUGUCACUCGCUCAAGAUGGUGGAUGGUCACGUAAUCGGCGAUCCGCUAGACGUCAAGAUGUUUGAUUUUACGAGAUGGACUCUCGAGGAAGGUCGUGUCGCGGGCACGGGCGUCAUCAAAGGCAAAGCCGGCGUUGUGCUGGAACAAACCGCCCUUGUACAGACGGUGGUCAGACCUCCAGGGAGUGCCCAGUUCAAGCUCGAGGAUGCGCUCAAGGGCUCGACCAAGCGUGCUCACUUCUUGGAACUCGGCGUGAUCCGCACUUUUGAUUUCGUCUCUGCGCUGCGGAGGAUGAGUGUCGUUGUGAAACGACUGAAAAGUUCGAGCAUGGAGAUCUAUGUCAAGGGCGCACCCGAGGUGAUGGCUGAUAUCUGUGAUCGCGAUUCAUUCCCCGACGACUAUGAAGAUCUACUGUCGUACUACACAAAGCGAGGAUAUCGUGUGAUCGCGAUUGCCGGGAAAAGCAUUGACGGACUGACCUGGCUGAAAGCGCAACGCAUGAAGCGAGAGCAAGCUGAAUCGGGACUGCGAUUUCUGGGGCUGAUCAUCUUCGAGAACAAGCUCAAGCCGGGGACCACACCAGCCAUCACUGCUCUGCGCUCUGCACAUCUUCCCUGUCGGAUGAUCACUGGUGACAACCCACUCACCGCUGUCAGCGUUGCUCGAGAGUGCACCUUGAUCCACCCCGCCGCGCACGUGUUUUCGCCGUCGUUCAUCAGGGGGUCCGACAGCACUGCCAAUUCCAGUAUCGAGUGGACGUGCAUGGAUGAGUUAUCGUGGAAACUAGAUCCUUUCACUCUGAAACCGAUGACUCCUCCGCACCAUACUGUCGAUCCCGAAAUGCUAGAGUAUCACGACUAUUCUCUCGUCAUCACUGGCGACGUUUUCCGCUGGUUCAUCAACUAUGCUCCGCUCGAGACCUUGCAUCGUAUGUUGGUCAAGACACAGAUCUUUGCUAGAAUGUCACCCGAUGAGAAGAACGAAGUCGUUGAGCGACUGCAAAGCUUGGGGUAUACUGUGCUCAUGUGUGGCGAUGGAGCGAAUGACUGUGCUGCACUCAAAGCUGCCGAUGUUGGCAUCUCGCUUUCAGAGGCCGAGGCCAGCGUCGCUGCACCAUUCACAGCCAGUACUCCCGACAUAGGAUGUGUGCUCGAGGUCAUCAAGGAAGGCCGAGCAUCCCUUGUCACCAGUUUCAGCUGCUUCAAGUACAUGGCUCUGUACUCGAUGAUCCAGUUCACCUCUGUCACUCUGCUGUACUCUUUUGCCUCCUCGCUGGGCGAUUUCCAGUUUUUGUAUAUCGAUCUGUUCAUCAUUAUUCCCGUGGCUGUCACGAUGGCUCGCACGCUACCGUAUCCGAGAAUUCACACCACACGACCCACGGCGAGUUUGGUUUCCAAAAAGGUUCUGGCGAGUCUGGUUGGUCAGAUCCUCAUUACAAGUGGUGUUCAGCUGUGGGGUUAUGUUUGGGUUAGACAACAGCCUUGGUACACCCCACCGCCACUGCCAUCAGAUCCGGCCAGCGGUCAUCAGCUGGAAUCGACCAACUUCGAAAAUACGACGCUCUUUCUGUUGUCCAGUUUCCAGUAUGUGCUGGUCGCUGCCGUAUUCAGCAUCGGGCCUCCGUAUCGGAAAUCAAUGUGGACGAAUGGUGAGUAAUUUCCUGAUCGGAGUUGGUUGCGCUCAACAGUUGCUCUCCAGGGUGGUUGAUGGCCUCGACCGGACUGCUGACGGGCAUAAAUGUUCUCGUCCUGUGGUCGCCGCCAGAAAUCGCAACAAGUCUCCUGACACUGAUGCCCCUUCCGUCGGAUGCUCGGAUCGUGUUGCUUGUCGGCGCGAUCGUGAAUGCGGUGCUGUGUUUGGCAUUUGAGGCAUGGGGUGCUGGUCUCCUGGCGUCGAUGGCAGGGCGAAUUUCACGAGUCUUGCAGCGGUGGAGUCGGGUCCGACGCAACGGAGGGAAAUUGUACAAGGCCGUAGAAGGUGGCAUGGGUCUAGAACCAGCGACCAGCCGGCUGUCGUGAUAGUUUUGGCCUGACAUCAGCUGUAUGUAGCAGGCUCGGUUUAUUUAGGAAAUGAUCAUUGUUGUCGUUGUCAAGGAUAA